CGUCAUUUCAUAUAAACUCUCUCCUCUUUCACUCCAACUCCUAUAUAAACUUCCGACUCCAAACCAUUUUGAAUCAAAGUCAAAACUCAUCAAAAGGUUAAGACUCCGUCAGCCCAACAUGGCUUCCUCCGUUGAAGCACCACCACCAUCAUCCUCCGUCGUCAAUGGUUCACUCUCCGCCGUCCAUUCAGACAUCUUGGAAACUCAUAUCUUAACACGUUUAGACGGCCCUACUCUGGCCUCGGCCGCCUGCGUCUCCUCCCAACUCUCUUCCCUCACCUCUAAACAAUCCCUCUGGACAAACAUUUGCCAUUCCACGUGGCCCUCCACCGACACGCCACGUAUACAGCAACUCAUCUCCACCUUCGCUCCUCACGGCCCCCGCUCCUUCUUCUCUAAUUCCUUCACUAAUCCCGACCCCGACAUCACCACCACCACAAACCAUGAUCACUGCCGUUCAUCAGAGUUAAUCUCGGCCGUUGAUAUUUACCAUCGCAACGAGCUCGUUUUCAGUAAAGUUGUGGAAACUGAGACGGAGAGCGGGUGGUUCAUGUGCUCACCGUUUAGAGUUGACGUACUUGACCCGAAAGAUAUGGUUCCGACCCGAAUACCGUACCCAGGUACUGAUAACACGUGUCAAGAAUUGGAAGAGGAUUUUAUGCUAAGCUGGAUCUUGAUCGACCCGAUUGGACUUCGGGCGAUGAACUUAUCGAGUUACAAGGCGGUGAGCGUACAGCGUCACUGGCUAAGUGGAGAAAUACAAAUCCGGUUUGGUUCAAUUUUAUCGGGCGGUCAAAAAGGGUCGGGUUGGGAGUUGUCGCAUUGUGGGAUUGUGGUCACGUGCGGUGGGACCAAGGGAGGGCAGAUGCACGUGAGCGAAGUGUGUUUACAGGUGGAGGAUAUGGAUGGAAUGCAUUUGAAUGGGAAGGAUAGUUUGGUAAUUCUAGACAGGGGAUUUGAGGGUAAAAGGGGAAAUAUAAGGGGGAGGGAAGUGAAAGGAAAGAAAAGGUAUGAGGAGUAUAUGGAAAGGAGGAUAGAAAGGAAGGAGAAGAAAUUGAAGAGAGAAGGAAGAUUAGAUAUGUUAUGUGUGGUUUGCGGAGUAAUAAUAUUUAGCUGUCUUGGGUCUUUUAUUUUUUGGAGAUAAAAAUAACUCUUCAAUUUUAUUUUUUAAAAACUUUUGAAUUUUCCCUUUAACAGGGAAUAAAGAAAGCGACAAAAAAAAAAAAAAAAAGAAAAAAA